AUGAACGUGUUGAUAAUGGUGUCUCGGUGCGUGGAGAGGCGCGGCGGCGAGGCGCUUGGCGGGGUGCAGCAUGGAGGGCCGGGAGGCCGCAGGCGAGCGUCUGCCAUCGCCGCAGCCGCCGCCAUCGCAGUGCGCAAGACGUGCGCCCGCGCGCCCGCGCCCCGCCCACACGCCGCCGCGGAAACAGCGACAAUGGCCUGGAAGGAGACUGGCCAACCGGCGCUCACUCUAACAGAGUCUCCUUCAUCGUUCAACUUGGGAAUCGCCACGCAUUCAGAGUUGCUGAUUGUUAAUGGUCUUCGAUUAGAUCUCACACAUAAGGCACUGAGAGCGUUAUGGCUCAUGAAUCGCCUGAGUCUGAAGAAAAGGUUGAAGACGAUUCUCGCCAAAGAUGGCUAA